AAGUGCAAUCUCAGGGUCGCGUGCGUUCUCAAGGGUGCAACACUGCCGCCAUGGCGAGUCCUGUUCCUCCGAAAGUUGGGCCAGGGAGUCAGGUCACAGGGUAUCAAGCGGCAGAAACACCGCAGGCUCCAGCCGGGGAGACUCCAAAUGUUGCAGCCGAAGAAGCAUCACGUGUCCCUGCUGUUCAGACAGUUGAAACAGGGCCUCUCACCAGAAACAAUGCAACAGGAGCACCCAAUACGUGUCCCUGUAACUGUGAAUUUUGCCCCAGGGAAAUUAAGAUGUUGCAGGGGGAAGUUAAUGAGUUGAAGAAAGAGUUCAAGGACAUGGCAAAAGAACAGCCAGCCAACCUUGGGAAGUUUAUGACAACCUUCAUGGAGCUCAUAAGGCUCAUGAUACAGCAGUUGAACCAGCAACAACAGGGAAAUGAUGCUCAGGCAGCCAACAAUGACACAAUGAAUAUCCCUGCCGAGGAGGUCACUACUGGAGGAGAACUUCCUCUUGAAAAACGCAUGGAGAUCGAGUAAGAAGUUCGAAAGGAAUAUCCGGAUGGAGGAUCGAGUUGAGUACGCAUUAGAUGCCCCAGUUGACCGCAUGUGGCAAGUUGAUGAAGCCCCACAAUAUUAUUUCUAUUGCCUAUGUUGUUUGGCUAGCUGUGUAUGCCCAAUAAUAAUAAACCUAGUAAUCAGAUCCCAACUUUGUUUCUAUUUGUUUGCUACUUAUUUAUAUAAUUGAAAUUUGGCUA